CUCUCACAGUCAACCGCCCCAACGCACUUUGCAGCCUCCGCCACAGCCGCCUCCAGCUGCUCUUCGACGAGAAUAACGUCCAGGAAGUGUGCUGUUAUCAUCCCCACGCAACAAGAGCAUCCGCCAUCGCCACCUCUUUUCUGCUGACGUUGUUCCAGAGUUCCUGCUGCUAGCUGCUUCGACAAGCGACAAGGAUAACAUUCAGGAGUAUGGGAACUGCAGCAGUUCACUAUAGCGGAGCAUCCAUCUUCAUUCUUCUUCUAGUUGGUAUCGUUUUACUUGGAAUCACGACGACAAAUGCUGCGCCUCAUCCUGCUUUCAGGUAUUAUCCCCGAUAUUAUUCUCCAGUUUCAUAUGAUGGACAGAAUCCAGAAUACCUGUUACAAACGAUUGCAAAACUUAGGCAAGCACUUAUCAACGAGGAUGAUCUAGAGAAUGCGGCAGCAAAAAGAUCAUCCAUAGAUCACAGUAUUCAGAGCACACAGUAUUUGGAAAACUACAGGGACGGGCAGCAGGGUAAAAGGGAAUCAGCCGAUAUGGGAACACAAAGAGGACACUCUGGAAGAAGUGAACAUAUGUACCGUAUGCUAGGGUAUGUUGGUAGAUGAACCUAAAGUACCUUUAAUAACUUAAAGUAAGUAACUUUCUAAUAACCGUCUUAAUGUUAAUCCUCAUUUUGAAUAUAAUCAUAUUGAUGGAUAAAACUAGUUUUUAAUACAUAAUCAUUAUAUGUUGAACAUAAAUGUUGCUUUAAUCAAUAUAUUUUCUUAUAAUAUUCAUACACAACUAUGUAAGAGGGGAGCAUGUAAUAUCUAUAUUCAUAUAUUCAUCUUAAUAAAAUAUAUUUUAGCAUAA